CCACUGCGUCUUAGGACCUGCUGGGCCACAAGAAGAAAGUCCUAAGGAGACAGUAGAUUGCUGGAUAAAUCACACCAAUUUCCCGAUGGAUUUUAUACUGUUGAUCUUUUUAUUUGGGGUUUUCCUCUCAGACAUUAUCAGUCUACAGCCCAUUGUAGAACAGAACCCUGGUAUGAUGCUUUCGGAUGAAGAACAGUAUUAUGCGGACGAAGAAAAUAAUACAGAUAGGGAUUCUAUGAUUUUACACAAAUCAGAAGAGAAUGAAGUUGAUACUCCUGCCAAUGAGAAAACGGGCAAUUACUAUAAAGACAUAAAACAGUAUGUGUUCACCACACCAAAUGUAAAGGGUACGAAUUCUGAAAUAACUGUGACUGCCACAACUGGUGUGAAAUUUUCUAUGAAGACCUAUAAAACCGCCAAACCAACUGCCAGUGGAGAAGAAGAAAAACCUAAUGAACCCUCUCGUAAAACCUCAACCCCCAAUGUGCCUGCGUUUUGGACAAUGUUAGCUAAAGUUAUAAAUGAAACGGCAGUGACCAUGGAUGAUAAAGAUCUAUUUUUUCAACCAAUUCCAGCCUCUGAUUUGAAUACGACCAGUGAAGACCAACUGUCAGAGCUAGAGGAAAUCAAGCUCAAACUAAUGCUGGGAAUCUCACUGAUGACACUCAUUCUCUUAAUUCCCCUCUUGAUAUUCUGUUUUGCCACACUGUAUAAACUGAGACACCUACGUGACAAGAGUUAUGAGAAUCACUACUCCGUCAACCCAGAGUUGGCAGCUCUGUCUUACUUCCGUCCGUCAGAAGGUGUGUCAGAUACAUCAUUUUCGAAAAGUGCAGAGAGCAGCACAUUUUGGGGCCAAGCUUCUUCAGAGGUGAAGCGAUCCAACAUGAGAAGGUCAAAAUCUAAGUCUAUGGAUUUUUCUGCAGUCCCCAAUCAAACAGUCUUAACCGGUGAGCCAACCUUCCUCCCUCCUGAGGAGGCAAGCUUCCUCCCUCCUGGGGAGCCCGGUGAGCAGCUCAUCAUGGAGGAUGUCCAUGUUGAGGCAAUGAAUGAGGUUGGUGAUGAAGUGCAAGGAACAACUAUUAUUGUUGAGGAACAAUAACUGGAUAAAGAACUUUAAUUCUUUGGUUAUAAAAACAGAUCUUUGUGUGUCACAUAAAUGUUCUCAUUUUGAUACUGCACAGUUCAAAGACAUCUACAUUUUCUGAAGUCCUAAAGACAUAUUCAUUA